AUGAUUUACGCCUUAUUUUUGGUAGGUCUUACAGCUACCAAGCAGUUCCUUCAUAUAUGGGGAGGCGGCGGUGGGUUCCCGUGCGGCUCGAUUCGCCUCCGCGAGCCAGUUGCCGAGGUGGGAGCUGAAUCAAACUAUGGAACAAAGAAAGAUACGCUUUCCUAUCGCGCGUCGGCAUCAACGAAGACCAUUGUUAUCUCCGAGGAUACGGGGCCGAGGAGGCCGGCGAGGGGAAUCACGAAGCCCAAGCCUGUGUCGCCGGCAAUGCAGGCUUUCCUUGGAGUCAAGGAGAUCCCGAGGACACAAGCCUUGAAGCAGAUUUGGGCCUACAUCAAGGAGAAUAAUCUUCAGGAUCCAGAGAACAAGAAAAUCGUAGUAUGUGAUGAGAAGCUGAAAAGCAUACUUGGAGGCAGAGAUCGUGUUGGGUUUCUGGAAAUCUCAGGGUUGCUUAAUCCUCACUUUUUUAAGUAAAUUUCUUCCAUAGCUGUUGGGAUUUUGUAAAUGGAUGUUCUAGGCUCUUUCAGUAUACUUGUUGGCAUAACCGUACUAAGAUUGCUAUCUAUCUAGAGCUUGGCAUUGCAUGUCUCUGCAAAAGAAUGCUUCAAGUUUUCUACCUAGAAAUGGUAGCCUUGAUCA